AUGUCUGAUGGAAUACUUUUGAGUAGUAUAGACUUUGAAGAUGGGACUAACGACAAGCUACCGUCUACUGCAAUAGAUGAAAAUAAUAGAAAAAUAAUUAAAGAUAUUUCUAAAAAUGAAGAAAAAAUAUUGGAUGAUUCUGAUUUGAUUGCAGUUGAUAAUUGGAGAAAUAAAGGUCGACAAUCUCGUUAUGAUUACCACAAUUCUUUGAAUAGCAGUGACGAAGAGAAUGACAAAUCAGCUGUAAAAGUAUUUGAAAAAAAAAUCAUUGCGUCACCUAAAAAAUUAGCAGUUUACAAUAGCAGUGACGAAGAGAGUGACUUAUCAGCUGUAUUUGAAAAAAAAAUUACAGCAUCACCUAAAAAAUUAACAGUGAUAAAUAGCAGUAACGAAGAGAAUGACAUAUCAGCUGUAAAAACACCUGAUAUCUUAGACCAAACAAUAACCCCGGAAAACACUAAUAAGACUAGUACAUUUGACACUAAAAAGAAAAAAAAGUUGGGAAUUUUACAAAAUGGUAAUAAGCGGAACCCCAUAUCUCUAAAAGGAAUUAAUGUUUUAUUAUUUAAUACUUGUGCGAUUGAUUCGAUUAUACAUGUUCUAGCUGUAACUGGAAAAGAUGAUCCGCAGUUUCUAAAAUAUAUGAAAGAGAAUUCAAAUCAAACAAUGAAAUUUAUUUGUGAAUUUAUUGAUAAAGGACCAGUCACAUCAGUAUAUAAAAGUCGAACAGUGUUAUUAUCUCAGUUAUUUAAAGAUAGAAUUGUAGAAAAAAAUAAAGAAUCUGUUUUAUAUGCGAAUGAGAUAGAUAUGUGGUCUAGUAUUUUUGAUAUAUGGACAAGAUGUUUUCCUAAUUCUGCGUGUUUUAAUCACGAUUGUAGAAUAUGUGGCUUGCAUAAAGUACCUGUACCAAUGGUACAGGUAAACCAUAAAAUAUUAUGGGAAGGUGGAUAUAGUAAACUUGAAGAGUCGAUAUCUACAUUUGAUUCCAAGAUACGGUGUACAAAAUGCAAAUUAACUAUGAUUAAUCGGUCACUGUUAUUCAAUAGAUGUAUUUGCAUUGAACUAAAUGUUCAAAAAUUGAAAAGUGGGCCGUUAACAUGCAAACUAAGAGAUAUGCCUGCAAUUAUUCAAUUAAAUAAUUUUAAUUAUCGGUUGCGAGGAAUAAUAGAAUGUGAGGCAGGUCAUUUUAAAUCAUAUUGUAGAAGAGGCCAGAAUUAUUGGAGCUUAUAUGAUGAUAAAGCAACGACUGCAACAAAAGUUUUAUCUUCGAAAGAUGUAAAACCUGAUGCCGUUAUUUUUACAAGAAUUCUGUAA